AUGGAAACUAACGAGACUGUGGAAGAACAUGAUGUGCCUUACUUUAGAAAGUUGAUGAAAAAUGAAACUGACAAAUUAGAUAGUAUCUGCGAGUUAUGGGAAGAAAUUAAGAUGAAAGAUGACAUUCCUGAUGAAGACAUUAAUGAGUGCUCUAGUGGGCCCUGUCAGCAUGGUGGCAUCUGUAAUGAUCAAAUUAAUGGUUACCUGUGUACUUGUUUAGCUGGGUGGACAGGCACUCGCUGUGAGAUGGCCAUUAACCUGUGUAUUAUCAAUCCUUGUGAGAAUGGUGGUACCUGCACUAACUAUCAAACAUAUUAUCUGUGUGAAUGCGUAGCUGGUUGGAGAGGAACCAAUUGUGAAAUUGAACUCUAUGAAUGCAACAGUAACCCAUGUCAGAAUGGUGGCACCUGUACUGAUGGAAUAAAUAUGUAUAGUUGUAACUGUCCACCAGGGUAUGAAGGCGUGGAUUGUGAAUUUGAUAUCAACGAGUGUUCCAGUUCCCCAUGUCAAAAUGGUGGAGUGUGUAAUGAUUAUAUUAACAUGUAUACCUGCAAUUGUAUGCCUGGUUUUACUGGUACUCUCUGUGAAACUAAUGUAGAUGAGUGUGCGCCCAAUCCUUGUAUGAAUGGUGGUACUUGUGUUGACCUUCUUAAUUUCUACAAUUGUCAAUGUCCAGUUGGAUUUGGUGGCACAAAUUGUGAGAAUUUACUUGGUUGUAUUGCUGAAUAUUACAUCCCUGAAGGUGGAAGCUUGGAAGUGCUCACUCCAAACUACCCGUCUCCUUAUGAAAACAAUGAGUACUGUCGCUGGUUAAUCUCCAUCACACCAGGCAAGAAGAUACGUGUUAUCUUUCAUGACUUUGAAUCAGAGCUCCACUAUGACUGGCUCUCUAUUGGGCAUGGUAGAAAUCCAGAGGAUGCAUACACUCGCAUCUUACACCAUUCCGGUAGAGUAAUUCCUGACAACUUUGUGUCUCUGAACCAUCAGCUGUGGAUUGUCUUUGAAAGUGAUCAUGAGAAAACCGAGAAAGGUUUUAUGAUCGAAGUGAUGGAUAACGACAUAGCAGUUGGUUGUACGGGGGUUCCAUGUAUGAACGGUGGUACUUGUGAAACUGGAGACACUGCAGCUGAAUUCACCUGUGUCUGUGCAACUGACUGGACUGGUCCCAUAUGUGAAAAUCCAAUAGAUUUGGACACAUGUGAGAAUAAUUUGUGUGCAAAUGGGGCUACAUGUGUACCACAAGAAAACGAAUAUUCAUGUAUAUGUAGUGAUGGAUAUGCUGGGCAAUACUGUGAAACAUUGAUUCUAACUGCUUGCCAAGGUCCUAAUCCUUGUGUCAAUGGUGGUACAUGCAAUGAAGUUGGAUCUGAAUAUACCUGUACCUGUGCACCUGGUUACACUGGUAUUAUUUGUGAAACAAAUAUAGACGAAUGUGCCAGUUCACCAUGCAUGAAUGGUGGUACCUGUGUUGAUUCAGUUGAUAAGUUUGUUUGUAUUUGUCCAGUUGAUUACUUAGGAAGUACCUGUGAAGAAUCUGGCUGUUCUAGUAGCCCAUGUGUAAAUAAUGGAGUAUGUACCAAUGCUCCAAGUGGUGGAUAUGAUUGUGAGUGUCCACCAGGAUUCUAUGGUACAAACUGUGAUAGUGGUGGUAUAGGAUGCCUUAUUGAGCAAUGUCUGAAUGGUGGUGAGUGUAUGACUAUGGGAGCUACUGGUUAUAGAUGUGAAUGUCUAUAUGGAUACUCUGGUACUAAUUGUGAAAUAGACGAUGAUGACUGUGCUUCUCGCCCUUGUUUUAAUAAUGGUGUGUGUACAGAUACUGGUGCCAAUUCAUAUACAUGCACCUGUGCUCCAGGAUGGAUGGGAUCUGUUUGUCAAAAUGAUCUUAAUGAAUGUGACAGUACCCCAUGUCAAAAUGAUGCCACAUGUGUUAAUGGGGAGAAUAGGUAUACCUGUGUGUGUAAGGAAGGCUAUUCAGGUGUCAACUGUGAAAUAUUACCAGAUGCUAGCAUUACAAAUGGAGACACUUCAACAUAUAGUGGUGAUCUAUUACUUGAACCAUGGUGGAUUGCUGUUAUAGUUGCUCUUGUUGCUCUUAUAGUAAUAUUCAUUAUUAUUUUAGCUUGUGUUAGAAGAUCAAAGAAGGAGACAAAUUACUAAUACAAAAAUUGCUUCUUUUUUACCUUUUCUACAAAACAGUACCAAAAUUAGGCCAAAAAAAUCAACAACUUAUGUUGCCCUCAAAUCAAAAAAUUGAAAAAUUUGGUUGGUCGAUCGGAUUUUUUUUUUUUAACUUGUGAAAACUAAGGGUAUCAUAAAUAGCCGAGGUAUAUGGGGAGAAAAAACACGACCCGAUAUUUCAUAUUUUUCGGCCGGUCGCUGAGGGCAACAAAACAAAUUUUUUUGGCCUUACUGUGCCUUUUUUAAAACUAGAAUCUGAUAUUUGAGAAUGUCUUAUAAAGUUUUUAAAGUACCUAUGUAUUUGCACAUGUGUAUGUUAUACCAUGAGUCAUUGAAAAUACUUAUACUAUGCAAUGUCACAUUUUUUUCCCACCUUUUAAUUAAGCUUUAAGUCACUGACAUGAGCAAGAUGUUUGUUGUGUUUAGCUGAAUUUUUUAAUAGGCUAUGUCUGGCAUGAUAUGUAUAUAGACUCAUUGGCUGUUUGACAAGUGUGUUAUUUCUGACUCCUCUGUACUCAGGUUACUAACAAUAAUUAUUUUACUUUUAAAUACCUGGUUAUGUAGCUGUUGCAUGAAAUAAAAAAUCAGUUCAUGUGAUAAUUCCAUAUACUUAGCUUUAGUUGGUAUCAUAUCAGCAUUCAUUGAAUUUCUAUUGUACUUUGUAUUUUACAUUAUUUCAUUAUCACAUGUGAAUUGCUGGGCAAACUUUACAUUUGAUCAAUUUUCAAUUGAAUUGAUCUUUAUUUUUUAAAAGUUUUUAUUCACCCACCA